AUGAGUCAAAAGGAUGUGAACAAAGUAGUCACGGUAUAUGCCUAUUUGCCACAAGGUGAUAAGUCCAAAGAAAUAUCGUAUACUGAUGCCAAAGUAAUCGGAAAUGGGUCUUUUGGUGUCGUCUAUCAAGCCAGACUUAUAGAAACCGAUGAGAUUGUUGCUGUUAAAAAGGUUCUCCAGGACAGGCGUUUUAAGAAUCGUGAACUACAAAUCAUGCGACAAUUGGAUCAUCCAAAUAUUGUUCAGCUGAAGUAUUUUUUUCAUUUCGUGGGCGAGAGAAAAGAUGAAGUAUAUUUAAAUCUGGUUCUUGAAUUCAUCCCGGAAACAGUUUAUCGCGUUGCCCGACGAUAUGCCCGCCAAAAAGAAACAAUCCCACUUCUAUUUGUGAAGCUGUACAUGUAUCAAUUGUUUCGUAGUCUGGCGUACAUACAUCACAAGGGUAUUUGUCAUCGAGAUAUCAAGCCACAAAAUUUACUUUUAAAUCCAACUACUGCUGUUUUGAAAUUAUGCGAUUUUGGAAGCGCAAAGGUAUUAGUUCGUGGUGAACCCAAUGUCUCUUACAUAUGUUCCCGCUAUUACCGAGCUCCUGAACUAAUAUUCGGCGCUGUGGAUUACACUUGCCAGAUUGACGUAUGGUCAGCUGGUUGUGUGCUUGCAGAACUUCUUCUUGGACAACCAAUUUUCCCUGGAGAAAGUGGUGUAGACCAACUGGUUGAAAUUAUCAAAGUUCUAGGCACACCAUCACGUGAACAAAUUCAUGAAAUGAAUCCUGAUUAUAGAGAAUUUAAAUUCCCACAAAUUAAACCACAUUCAUGGUCCAAACACAUAAUCCAUGCAGUUACAACUUUAAGUCAUCGUAUGUAUUGCUGCUCAUUUUCAAAUAAUUUUCAACCUACUGCUCUACAUUUUGUCUGA